AUGUUAGAAGGUGCCGAUUUUCUUGGAAUUUGGUUGGCUGCUGAAGAAUUUAUGCUUGACGAUUUAGGUAGACAGGUUCGGGAUUUAUUCGAAAAAAAAUCGGAGCGUCUGAGACCAAAUUUUAUUCAAAUCUUUAAAUUAGUUUAUCAAAACGAAACAUUAGAAAGGUUUCGGACUCACUGUGUGGAUAUAAUUAAUACAACAACUUGGCUUCAAGAUGCUUCAAUGCUUGAAUCUUUGGAUGAAUCAAUUUUUUAUAGUUUGUUUAACGAUGAGGAUCAUUUUGUUCAUGAUGGUAUCAUUUGGAAUAUAUUGAUUCAAUGGGCUUGUGCUCAAACGCCAAAGUUGGACGCUCUUAGACCUGAUCAAUGGUCCGAAAAAGAUUUUGAAACGUUAAAAUCAAGAAUUGGUCAUUUCAUACCUUCCAUAAGAUUUUCCUUAAUCUCUAGAAACGAUUUCUACGAAAAUGUAUUACCAUAUAAAUCGAUUCUACCUAUUGAUACUACAAGUAAUACGGCCCUAACAUUCUAUUAUCUUUCGGAUGAAAAUGGAAAUUCCAGGUCGAAUGAACUUAAGCCGUUCUCUUUGGAAGAUUCGAAGGUUGUGAAUCAUACUCAUAUUGCAAUGAUCGCAAGAUGGAUUGAUGCAAGUCGUGAAGGAAAUUUUGGUUCUUCGACAGCUGAUAGCAUACGUUCAUUUGAUGCUGGCAGUAAUUAUACUCUCGAAGAAACUUCAUCGACUGAAGAGCAAGAGUCUAGUGCUGCUGACUCAAAAAAUACAAAAUCUGAUGAAAAGGGUACCAAGAUUUGGAAGAUUCGACGAAUUCUAUCUUUUCGUAAAGGGAAACGUUCCCCUAAUAACGAUUUAAGAAAGAAUAAUAAUAAUAAACAAAAUACUCCUUCGGAUAAAAAUGUUCCCAACAAGGAGAACAACGUCUCAAUAGCUUCUUCAUCUCCCAUCCUUUAUCCUUCCACCUCUUCAAUGUAUCACUUUAAAUUAAUUUACAGAGGCAGCCGUGAUGGUUUUGACGUUUCAUCAUAUAAUUCAAAAUGUAAAGGAAAGGGUCCGACGGUGGUUGUGGCAUCGUUAAGUCAUCAUCGACUCAUCGUUGGCGGAUACUAUCCCAUUAGUCCUGUAGACGAUUAUCCUUAUUCUGUAUUUAUAGGAGCUGUUGACAGUUUUAUAUUUUCUUUUGGCGAAGGAGAUAACGCGGAAGAAGAUUCCACAAUUAGUCGUGUUUUGAAAGAGCAUGCACAUGAAGCAAUUUGUCGAACGGUAUACGGACCAGGGUUUGGUGAAAGUGAUCUUAUUAUUAAACUUGGACCAAACAAUGUAAAGAAUGGCGUUUGUAAGCAAAAAUUUUAUGAAAGAAAAAUUAUAGAUGUUACAGAUUUUGCUUUUGAUGAAAUCGAAGUUUUUCAAGUUAUUAAAGAAGAAUUUAAAAAAUAA